CAGCCAGCGCCAGGGUUCUGAAACCCACUCUGGCUGCAGAGCCUGUAAGGUGGCAAAGCCUUUGCACCUUGGUCCUGCUGCCGUGGGAAAUCCCAACCCUGCUUGGCACCAGGCAGCGAGGAGUCUCCAGGCAGCAUCAUCUGGCACCAGGAGAGCUGAGCUAUCAAGGUCGAGUUGUGCAAGGAAGCAGAGGGACAGCAGGAUGCUGGCGAUCUGUGUAGCUCCCUGCAAGCGGUGAUGUGCCAGCUGGAUCUCUGUGCCACAGGCGGCAUUCAGGAGGAUAUUGCAGCUCACUCCUUCCCCACCUCGUCCCAGCAAGGCUCAGGCCAUCAGGUCUUCUGCCUGCACAAGAGAAGACAUCGUUGUGUGCUGUCCUGCAAGCUGGUGAUGGGUGGGUGCACAGGUCUGUGCAAGGAGGCAGCCAGCAGCCAGCAGUCAGUGCUGUGCUGAGGAGCUGGAAGCUGCCUUUCCCUGUGUCUCCCCUUGGGUCUAUCUGCUGGCCUUCUGUCUGCCUGCGGUCACCAGUGGCUGGGACGCUGUUCAGCGCUAAUGGAUUUCAAAUCCCCCAUCUCCAGUGACAGGCAUCUCUACUGAGAGAUGUUUGAUUCCAGCGAUUGGGGGUGUGGCUGUGCAGACAGGACCAGAGCUGCAAAUUAGAGAAUAUUUAAUCCUGUACUUUGGUGAUGGUAAGUGCUAUGCACCCUGCUGCUGAAAGCCUGGGGUGAGGCAGGGGCUACACCUGCCCUGUCCUGAAGGAGAAACUUCCUGGAAUAUCCAUUCAAAGACGGAGAGCAGCCAUAAGACUUGCUGGGACCUGUGCUGACUGUUGCCACACAAGAUGACAGCAAGAGAUGGGCCCCAAGAUAGGUACAAGGCUGUCUGGCUGAUCUUCUUCAUCCUUGGCCUGGGAACACUGCUGCCAUGGAAUUUCUUCAUGACUGCCAGGGAGUAUUUCAUCAAUCGCCUUGAGGACCCGGAGGAGAAGAGCCGCGUCAGGAACCAGACUGGUGAGGCCACCUUGACACCCUCCUACCUGCAGUCUGUGUUUGACAACUUCAUGACUCUCUGCGCCAUGGUGCCCCUCCUUAUCUUCACCUGCCUCAACUCCUUCAUCCACCAGUGGAUUCCCCAGCAGAUCCGCAUCUCAGGCAGCCUGGUGGCCAUUGGGCUGGUGUUUUUAGUCACUGCAAUCAUGGUGAAAAUCCAUAUGGAGCCUCUUCCCUUCUUCAUCUUUACCAUGAUCAGCAUUAUCUUCAUCAACUCCUUUGGCGCCAUUCUCCAGAGCAGCCUGUUUGGGCUGGCAGGGCUCCUGCCUGCCAGCUACACAGCCCCCAUCAUGAGCGGGCAGGGUUUGGCAGGCACCUUCGCUGCUUUGGCGAUGAUCUUCAGUAUUGCCAUUGGUGCCCAGCAACCCGAAAGCUUCAUUGGUUACUUCACCACGGCCUGUGUGACGAUCGUGCUGGCAAUUGUUUCCUACGUAGUUCUGCCUCACAUGGAUUUCUUCCGAUACUACUCCAUGAAGGACAAGAGAGAGUACCACGUGUACAAUGCGGAGCUGGAGACCAAGAGAGACCUAAUUAAGAAAGAUGAGAAUGGGAUGGAGCAGAAUAAUUCAAAGAUCAUCCCUAUCCACAACCCUGAUGAGCAGCCCUCUGUCAUUGCUAUUUUUAAGAAGCUCUGGGUCUUGGCUCUGUCUGUCUGCUUCGUCUUCACUGUCACCAUCGGCGUCUUUCCUGCCAUCACAGCUAAAGUGUCCACUGUCCUUGGAGAAGGAAACAAAUGGGGUCUCUACUUCAUUCCUGUCUCCUGCUUCCUGCUCUUUAACGUCUUUGACUGGACAGGACGGAGUCUCACUGCCCUCUUCACAUGGCCCGGGAAGGACAGCUGCCUCCUGCCAGUGAUGGUGGUCCUCCGUGUCAUCUUUGUCCCUCUCUUCAUGCUGUGCAACGUGAAACCCCGUUACUACCUGCCUGUUGUUUUCUCUCAUGAUGCCUGGUACAUCGUCUUCAUGAUCUUCUUCUCCAUCUCCAAUGGCUACCUGGCCAGCCUUUGCAUGUGCUUCGGGCCAAAGAAAGUGCUUGCGCACGAAGCGGAGACAGCUGGAGCCGUCAUGGCAUUUUUCCUGUCACUGGGUUUGGCCCUAGGAGCUGCUGUCUCCUUUCUGGUCCGAAUUCUCAUCUAGCAGAGGCACACAGAGGGUGCAGGGACACCAAGAGAUGGCUCUGCAUCUUCCACUGAGGCCCUGGACACCUCAGCACUGUGGGGAAAUAACAGCUCACACCUGUCCCUGCCAAAUCACACUGCCACAGCAGACAUUACACCCAGGGACGGUUCCACUCCUGCAGGGUUGGCCUGGUUCCUGCCACGCUUGGCUGUGUGAUGCCUUCAGGCCUAUGUGCCUUCUCCUUCCCCAUGUUGUGUGUGUUGUAAGAUCCCUGGGAUCUCCAAGAGGUCCAGCUGCCUCCCAUGCAGCAUAACUUCCCUGGCUUAAGGCCAAAAGCCAUUUUCAGCCUCUUUGACAGAGUGAAAGGCUGGUAACCAGUGUUACUCCUUCUCUUGCCCUUGUCUCCAAAGCACCUAGGAGAUUCUCUCCUCUCCUAGGGGGCCUGGAAAUAUCCCACACCCCUCCUCCUGCUGGUAAGACUUGUGUGAAUGGGGAGGAGAGCCCCAGCCAGCCUUGCCAUCCCUGCUUUCUGCUAGAUGCACAUCCCCCUGCCCAGUGGUAUCCCAAGAGUGUAGACAGUCACAGAAAGGGCCAACACCAUGGCUAGGCUGAGGAAGGAGGAGGUCUCCACACCCUACCUUCUCCCCCUCUUGCUUCUGUUCCCUUUCUUUUUUUUUGGUGAUUCUGAUAUUGUUUUUUCAGCCUCCUAGUUGUGUGACAGGAGGUUCCACUGUGGGCUACAAGAUGAGAGGCAACUCCCUUCCCAACAAAGCUGCCUUCCCUACCCACCUACAAGGGAAGGCCUUACCUCUCCCUUGGCUUUCCUAUCCCUUGUCGUGUAAAUGUGUCUAUACAGUUGACAUUUUCUAUAAAAAGAACAAAAUGCUCCUU